AUGAGUAUCGCCGACAUGGAGGCUUUUGUAUCCGUGAUGACUUCAAAGCAUCCCGAAGAAGAACUUUUUGGGACUUGUGGACUGAUUAACGGUAGAAAUGCCACAUUCGAACACAGCAUUACAAAUUUUCGACUGGAUGAAGCAGGAGAGUCACUAGAACUUGAUGUACCCACUUCUGUUCGAACUAUCAGUGAUGAUGGACAGAGCGAAUGGGUGAAUGGUAUUAUUCCCGGCUAUGGGAGAUGCCUGUUUCGACGUGAUGAUUUGAUAUUUCAGCCGAGUUGUGAGGAAUAUCAUAGUGGAAUUGCGUCUCUAACAAUUGGUUUUAAAGGCUUCAACGCACAAGCUGUGGGUGGCUUGGGAGCAUUUAUAGCUGCCGUCGGACCUCCGUUGAGAUUUUUAGCAUUGGAUGCUACGCGCGUUAAUUUCGACGCAAACUUCAUUGUGCAAUGCUGUCCGAACUUGGAAGAAUUAUCGCUGCGAUCACUGGUGACUGAUGUGCGCUUCGACUUUACGGAAUGCCAGCCACUUCCUACGUUAAGAACCGACUGGACUGAUUCUAUCGCUAUUAGCACAGUAUUACAGGAUAGUUGCAGCCCUUUCACGAAGUAUUUACGUCGCUUGCGAGUCCGUUUAAAUAACGUGCGGGAUGAGAGAGAAGUACAUGAUGAUGUUCGUAUAAACGCGAGUGUAGCUGGAAUGUUACAGAUGCUGGAAGUGAACCAGACCCUCGAAUAUCUGGAUGUUAUUGCACCCCUCGAGUACCGUGGAUUCCUCGAUAAGUUCAAAGCGCAUCAUCUUAAACCAAUUUGUAGAUCUACUCCAUUCCCGGUGAGGUCCAAAAUUGCGCUUCUGAGCAUAUUUUCCUGUCAUAACGACGUACACAAUCAGUCCAAGGCUACGUAUGUUCCCUUCGACCUUGACCAGCAUAUACUGCAUGGAAUAUUUCAAUACGCUGCUCCUCCUAUUCUGCGUGAGGUGUACUUUCGGGGGUUGGACUGGAUCGACAAGUACAAUGAAGUUCCGAUUUAGACGAAGUUAAAUACGCUGAAUAGAAGACGAA